GAGGACGGACAACUUUGUGUGUAGGACCACUAAAACGCCACUUCCUGUUAUUGGUAGUUGACAAGUUGGUAAAGCUAUCUUAGCCUUUACUGUCUGUGAUAUAAGCUGUUUCUGUAUUAAUGUUAAAAAGAAACACCUAAGAACUUCCGAGUAAGAACUUCCAAUGCGAGUCAGGGACGGAGAACAGUCCACCAUGGAAGAUGCGGUUCCCGUCGAUGCUGUUGGCAGACGAAUAGUCUGCGACGAGGAGCGGGCCACUGUGCGCUAUGUUGGCACAGUGACUGCAACAAAAGGCAUGUGGCUUGGCGUGGAGUGGGACAAUCCAGAACGAGGCAAACACGAUGGCUCCCACCAGGGUGUCGGGUACUUUACCUGCAGACACCCCACAGGGGGCUCGUUUGUGCGUCCCAAAAAGGCCAGCUUUGGGGUGGACUACCUGACGGCCCUGAGGCUGCGCUACGAGAAGGAGCGGGAGGGGGAGGAGAUCACCAUUUCCUCUCGGACACUGGAGAUGGUGGGCUUCCAGAAGCUCACCAAGGAGCAGAGGGUGGAAAACCUCAAAGAAGUGGCCCUUAGGCACUGCGAAAUUUGGGGUACUGCAUCUGGAACUGAAAUCAGAAAGACCACACCAGAUGUGGAGCUUCUGGAUCUUUCCCAAAACCUGCUAAGCUCGUGGGAAGCACUGGCGGCCAUUACAGAGCAGCUGAAGGAGCUAAGAACACUUCAGCUGGGGUACAACAGGCUGACGGUGCCCUCUGACUCUUCAACUUUGACCCAUGCCUUCCCCAACCUCAGGGUCCUGGCCCUCGCUGGCUGUGCCGUCACCUGGCCUGAGGUGCUGCAGUGUGCUUGUAUGUGGCCCCGUGUCGAGGAGCUCUACCUCAGUGAAAACAACAUCACUGAACUACAGCGGCCUGUUGAUGUUCUUCAGUCCUUGACCCAUCUAGAUCUUUCCAACAAUUCCAUAACUUCAGAAACACUGACAGAAAUAGGCCACCUCCCCCGGCUGGUUACACUAAAUCUCACAAAUACAGGCCUGACUGUUAUAGAGUUUAACGAUGUCCCACCAGGCUCCAAAACAGCUAUGUUCCCUGCACUGCAGAAACUGUCGCUAAUGGACAACAAGAUUGCAGAGUGGAGGGUGGUGAAUGAGCUGGAGAAGCUGGCAAGUCUGGUGCAUCUCAUACUACAGAGGAACCCGGUGAUGGACGGGGAGAGGAACCCACAGACCGCCCGGCAGCUCGUCAUCGCCCGCGUGGGGCAGCUCCUCCAGCUCACCGGCUCUGAGAUUCAUUCUACUGAUAGGCGGGGAGCAGAGCUGGACUACAUCAAGACGUUUGGGAUGCAGUGGCUGGCGUCUGGGGGACACUGGGAGCCAGAGAAGAACCGCCCCAGCGCCGACUUCACCACACAGCACCCGCGCUACCUGACCCUCAUACAAAAGUAUGGAGCACCAGAGGAGUCUGAGCUGAAGCCUGAGAUACCCUUCGCUCUGAAGAACCAGCUGCUGACGCUGACGUUUGUCUGUCCUGAUGACAUGGACAGGAAGCCGAUCCAGAAGAAGCUCCCAUGUUCUAUGGUGGUCCAGAAAGUGAAGGGUCUGCUGCACAGACUGCUGAAGCUUCCAGGAGCGGAGCUACGGCUCAGCUACACCUGCUCACGGAUGGAGGGGAUUGAGAUUGAGAUAGACAAUGACCUGAAGACUAUGCAGUUUUACUCCGUAGAGGACGGGGACAGUGUCCUGGUGCGCUGGUCCUGACUGACCCCAGCUCACAUCACCGCUCUCCACACUCCUCUCAAAAAUGCCCUUAAAUGAACUCCUGUCCGACACUGGCUCACCAACCACGGGCACCAGACAACUCUGUCGGGGAAACGUCAUCGUCUCGCACUUUCGCUCUCUUGUCUCUUGCUCUCUCGCUCUCUUGUCUCUCCGUUUUUUCAGUCUCUGUAGUGAUCAGGUUACUUACUUCGUCGCACUGGUGAUUUAAGAAUACUUAGAAUAACACUGCUCAUGUCGUACCAAAAGUAAGUAGUCUUAUUAGCCUUUUUGAAAGCACGCCAGUGGGCUUUCUCAUCCAAUCAGGUGUGAGGCAGAGACACACAACAAGUCUCUCAGCUGACUCAUUGAUGAGGAAAUCACCCUGGAAACAUCUUUCGGUACCAUAGCUACCACACCCUAAAGACAAGCUUCCACCCGUUGGUUGGAGACGAGCUGCACGCUAACAUGAUUGGACGUCUCCCAGGGAUGGUGGACGAGCUCAAAACUCAAAUGCUUACACUUCAACUCAAAGGCACAAUCUUUAAGCUGUCCCCGGGCAGUACCAUGUGAGUGUGCAUUGUAAUGCGUCAUAAUGUAUAUUUAUAAAGAAUGCGAUACCUCUGUGUCAGUUGACAUCUAACAGCGAUGAUCCUUUCUGUUAUCACAGUUAUGGAGAAUGCGCACUGUAAAGGAGCCGAUUCAUUCAUGUCAAAUGCUUUCCGAUGUCAUUCCUUGUUAAUAAAUGUGUGUCACAUUUU